CUGGUCAUGGACGGAGUUCGAUUACAGCGCGACCAUCGGUUAAAUAACAAACUAAUUAUGUAGCAUCAAAUUUAAAUAUUCUUUUGAGUUUCUAUAGAAACGUUUGAAUUCUUUGUCGAGGAUUUCUUGACCGGCUUCGCUGAGCUUUGAAAACUCGGCGCAAUGUUAUAACUCUUCGCGUUAAAAGAUUUUAUAUUAUUCACAAAUGCUAUAAAUUUAUUCAGAUACAGUGAGAUUAAGGUUUCAUUAGAUAGGAAAUGUCAAAUACAAAUGCAAAUGCAAGUACAAUAAGCGGUAAGAAUUUACUUCGUCCUUCUGGGCUACAGUGCAAGGAUCUUCACGAGUACUUAAAAUUACGGCCUCCGGAAGUAUUAAAUAAAUUCUAUCACAGUCCGCCGAUAUGUCUGGCUGUUUUUCGAGAAUUGCCGGAAAUAGCGAGGCAUUACGUGAUGAGGUUAUUGUUUGUCGAACAACCAGUGCCGCAAGCAGUAAUUGCUUCCUGGUGCUCGAAACUUCACUCCGAAGAACAUCAGAAAGUCGUUCAAAUCCUAAAUGAACUGAAUGUGUGGAAGGAAACUUCUAUACCAGGAGGUCUUCCUGGAUGGAUUCUAAAACCGACCUUUAAGAAAAAUCUGAAAAUAGUUUUACUGGGUGGCGGAAAGCCAUGGACCAUGUCGAAUCAAUUAGAAACUGAUAGCAAACCCAGGGAUGUUGCUUUUCUGGAUUCUUAUGCACUAGAAAGGUGGGAAUGUGUCCUUCAUUAUAUGGUUGGUUCCCAACAACAAGAAGGUAAGAAAUAUAACGAGAUACGUUCCGAUGCUGUUAGAAUUUUAUUACAUGCUGGCCUCAUGAAACGUGACGAGGAAGACGGUAGUCCAGUGAUCACCCAAGCCGGUUUUCAGUUUUUGUUACUAGAUACGGCUUCACAAGUAUGGUAUUUUAUUCUUCAAUACUUAGAUACAAUAGAAGCUAGAGGCCUCGAUUUGGUAGAGUGUCUUACUUUUCUCUUUCAAUUAAACUUCUCGACUCUUGGUAAAGAUUAUAGUACGGAAGGUAUGUCAGAAGGCCUUCUAACAUUUUUACAACAUUUGAGAGAAUUUGGCCUAGUUUACCAACGCAAACGAAAAGCAGGAAGAUUUUAUCCCACCCGUCUAGCACUUAACAUAGCAACGGGACAAAAUAAACCAUUAACAAAAGACUUAAAUAAGGAUGGGUACAUUGUAGUUGAAACAAAUUAUAGAGUCUAUGCGUACACAAACUCAAAUUUACAAGUAGCACUACUUGGACUUUUUUGCGAAAUGUUGUACAGAUUUCCAAAUUUAGUGGUAUCGAUACUAACUAGAGACUCUGUACGCCAAGCAUUAAAGAGCGGUAUAACUGCUUCGCAAAUAAUUGGUUAUUUACAGCAGCAUGCCCAUAGUAAGGUGAUCGAGGCAGGAUCUCAGUUAUUGCCACCAACAAUUGUAGACCAAAUUAAACUGUGGGAAAAUGAAAGAAACAGAUUUAUAUUCAGUGAAGGGGUGUUGUACAGUCAAUUUCUUUCUCAAGCAGAUUUUGAGGUACUCCGAGAUCACGCUCUUUCAACAGGGGUCCUCAUUUGGCAAAGUGAAAGGAAGCGAACCAUGGUCGUAACAAAGGCAGGACAUGAUGAUGUGAGGAAGUUCUGGAAAAGAUAUUCAAAAGGAUCGAGUUCCUAAUACAUCAUUCACUAAGAAUUGUCGUAAAUAUAUGUAAGAAUAUUCAAAAUCCUCCCAUAACUGUCUCUGUAUCAGUUAUUAUUCGUAUUGUAAUUCGAUUUUUUUUACUAUUAACAGAUAAAUAUCCAAGACUGUAUUUUACAAUAAAGCAAUAUUUGAUAACGUGACUA